UGAAUAAAUUAGGAAUUACGGGUCUAUUUAUGAAAUUGCCAUCAGAUGCAUAGGUAACAGGGACUGUUAUUUAUGUAUCUGAUUACAGGAACUGGAAGAAAACCAGGGACUUAGGCUGAGACGUAUGAACAGCAAGCAAGGAAGACAGGAUGCAGAAGAUACCAGAAUGAUCCGGCUUUCAAGACAAGGACUUGUAUUGCUGCUGAUAGCAGGGGCUUUUCCUACUCUCAUAUUGGUCUACCUAACACUCACCUCAGAUGAUGGGUAUGCUAAUGAAGCAGUGUUCCAGAGGCUGGAACUUAAGUUUGCCAGUAAACUCAGGGAACUCAGCAGUGACAACAGAGCCCUCAAAAAACAACUCAGCUUAACUCGUACAGAGUUGACAGCGUUUGAACUCAAUGCAGAUGAACAGAGUCCUAAAUCAUCCAAAAACUGUGUUGAUUCUAAUCAGGAAGUCCCUAAAUGUGAGGAAAUCCAUGUAGCCAUUGUGUGCUCUGGUCAUAAGUCAACAAGAGAUGUCGUAACUCUGAUCAAAAGUGUCCUGUUUUAUCGUAAAAAUCCGCUGCAUUUCCACUUCAUAUCCGACACCAUGGCACAAGUCAUCCUGACCUACCUGUUUGAAACUUGGAAUGUCCCUGAUGUAAAAAUAAGUUUCUACCAUGCAGAUAAAGUGAAGGAAGACAUAGAAUGGAUUCCUAACAAACAUUACUCUGGUAUAUAUGGGUUGCUUAAAUUGGUCUUGCCAAAAAUUUUAUCAGCCUCAUUGGAAAAGGUAAUUGUGCUGGAUACAGAUGUAAGCUUUGCCACAGAUAUAGCAGAGCUGUGGAAAAUGUUUAGUUUCCUGACAGGAACAAAGGUGCUUGGUCUGGUGGAGAAUCAAAGUGACUGGUACUUAGGAAAAAUCUGGAAGAACCACAUUCCCUGGCCUGCCCUGGUGGGUAUUAUUCACUGGAAUUCCCCAAAGAAGUUUAAGGUUAAAAACAAGCAUGUAGAAUAUUUCAGAAAUUUACACCUGACUUUUUUGGAAUAUGAUGCUAACCUGCUUCGGAGGGAAUUGUUUGGAUGUGAAAAGCCUGAGGAAGUCGCACCAACAAAGGAAGAGACAAACACGUUGAGUGAGGAUGACGAAUGUUACGAUUUCCGUCGUGAGCGUGCCUUGGUCCACCGUACACACCUGUACUACCUGGAUUAUGACUACGCCCCCUCAGAGUACGACGUGACCCUAGUGGCCCAGCUCAGUAUGGAUCGCCUCCAGAUGCUGGAGCUUAUCUGUAAACACUGGGAGGGACCCAUCAGCCUCGCACUGUACAUGUCUGACGCAGAGGCCCAGCAGUUCCUCAGGUAUGCUCAGGACUCCGAAAUACUCAUGAAGAGGAAAAAUAUUGGCUACCAUAUUGUCUAUAAAGAUGGGCAAUUCUAUCCUGUGAACUAUCUGCGUAAUGUUGCAAUUAACAACACCCAGACAUCUCACAUGUUUUUGACGGAUAUCGACUUCUUACCCAUGUAUGACCUGUAUAAUCAUUUAAAAAGUGUUGUCUCAAGGAUUGACAUGGAGAAAGAAAAAAAGGCUUUGGUUGUACCAGCUUUUGAAACCCCAAGAUACAGAUUUGAGUUCCCAUCUAGUAAAGACGAACUUCUUAAAAAGCUCGAUAGUGGAGAAAUAUUCACUUUCAGAUAUGAUGUAUGGCCCCAAGGGCACCUUCCCACAAACUACACAGUAUGGCGGACAGCCACAACAAUGUACCCUGUAAACUGGGAGCAGGAUUACGAGCCAUACAUUGUUGUGAAGAAGGGGGUACCCCAGUUUGACCAGCGAUUUGUCGGCUUUGGUUGGAACAAAGUCUCCCAUGCAAUGCUCCUUGAUUUAUUAGAAUAUAAAUAUGUUGUCUUGCCAAAUGCCUUCAUGAUCCAUAUGCCCCACGCACCAAGUUUGGAGAUUACAAAGUUCCGCAACAGUCAAGUCUAUAGAAAUUGCCUCAAAACAUUGAAAGGAGAAUACCAGCGAGAUUUGUCCAGAAAAUAUGGUUUGAAGGCCUUAAAAUAUUUAUCUGUGGACUGAAAGGUGAAUAUAAUACUAGAAACUCAAAUUGAACAAUCAAAAUGUAACAGUACCACAAAGCAGCAAGUCUAAUUAGCAAUGAAUUUAACAAUUAUUUGUUUGCAAAAAAACUCAUCAUCUAACUCAUUGAAGAAGUGUGACGUUCAUCAUCUAUAUCUAGUGUUGUGAAGAGUGAAUGCAAUUCAUGAAUAAGUGUUGUUUCUUAGCAUAUAAGAAGUGAAGUAAUACAAUAUGCAUUGGUAUUAUAUAAAUACUUUCUUUAUACAUGUACUGCAAAAUUUUUCACUUUUUUAUGCGUAUACAAUUUUUAAAUAACUGAUCAUGAGAAAAGCAACUGUUUUCUUUAAGUU